UCACAGUCGCAGCGACACUUGUAGAACGUGUGUCAGAGUGUGACUGCGAGCUUCUGGGUUGUUCGAUUGCUCCAGAGUCCAGAGCUUGGAGAGAGAGAGAUGGGAGAUCGCUUCUUUGCCAAUGAAUUACCAGAAUUCGUACCAGAAGCCGGCGGCGAAGAGAUAGAAGCCGGAACCAAAGACUCGCUGGAGAAACUCCUUUGUCUUCCUUACAGAUCAUUCUCCGACAGACUUCGGCGAUAUGCUCUGGAUCUCAAGGAUACGGUGGCGAGGCAGACAUGGAUACUGUCUGAGAAACGCGUUCAAGACUAUACUCUCUACACAGGAUCUCUCGGGACAGCGUUCCUCUUGUUCAAAGCUUAUCAGGCCACCAAGAAUGAGAACGACCUGAGGUUAUGCUCGGAUAUCAUCAAGGCUUGUGACUCAGCUUCAAGAAAUUCUGGGCCUGUGACAUUCAUAUGUGGCCGAGCUGGUGUCUGUGCUCUUGGCGCUGUUGUGGCCAAGCAUAUUGGAGAUGACCGAUUACUCGAUCAUUACUUGACUCGUUUUGACGAGAUCAGACUUCCGAGUGAUUUGCCCUGCGAAUUAUUAUAUGGGAGAGCAGGAUGCUUGUGGGCAUGCUUGUUCUUGAACAAACAUAUCGGUGAAGAGAGGGUAUCACCCGCAAGAAUGAGAUCUGUGGUUGAGGAAAUCUUCAGUAGCGGAAGGCAACUGGGAAGAACAGGAAGAAGCCCAUUAAUGUACGAGUGGCACGGGAAGAAGUAUUGGGGAGCUGCCCAUGGUUUGUCUGGGAUCAUGCAUGUUUUGAUGCAUAUGGAACUGAGACCAGAUGAAAUCAAAGACGUCAAAGGGACGCUACACUAUAUUAUGAAGAAUCGGUUCCCUAGUGGAAAUUACCGUUCUAGCGAAGGCAAUGAAUCUGAUCGCCUCGUCCACUGGUGUCACGGUGCUCCUGGUGUUGCUCUCACUCUUGUCAAAGCCGCCGAGGUUUUCGGCACAGAGGAGUUUCUAGAGGCGGCGGUGGAAGCAGGGGAAGUCGUUUGGAACAGAGGAUUGCUAAAACGAGUAGGGAUCUGUCACGGAAUCAGUGGAAACGCAUUUGUAUUUCUGUCUCUAUACCGUGUAACGGGGAAAGCAGAGUACUUAUACCGAGCCAAGGCGUUUGCUGCGUUUCUGCUUGACAGAUCGGAGAAACUGAUCUCGGAAGGGAAUAUGCAUGGAGGGGAUCGUCCAUUUUCGAUUUUUGAAGGCAUUGGAGGAAUGGCCUACUUGUUCUUCGACAUGAACGACCCUUCAGGAGCUCGGUUUCCAGGUUUCCAGCUCUGAGUAACGACAACAAACACUUGACACUGUCUCAGGUUAGGUCCAGUAACAACAGAAUCUUCCUUUGUUUUUCUGUUAUUUCCGUUUACUCUGCUUCGGUACAUACUCUGUUCUUUAAAUAAAGUCGAACACAGACGCAUGGUCAAAUUUCCACGGAUCACGAGGAACUCACGUGACCCUUGGUCCAAUGUGUCCACGUGUAUUCUGUACAGCAUGUUAUCAGUAAUAAUAUGCGUGAAUCUAUGUAUAUGUA